GGGGGAGGAGCAGGAACGAGCCGGGCCGGGGGGCGGCUGCACAGUCUCCGGGAUCCCCAGGCCUGGAGGGGGGUCUGCGCGCGGCCGGCUGGCUCUGCCCCGCGUCCGGUCCCGAGCGGGCCUCCCUCGGGCCAGCCCGAUGUGACCGAGCCCAGCGGAGCCUGAGCAAGGAGCGGGUCCGUCGCGGAGCCGGAGGGCGGGAGGAACAUGACAUCGCGGAGAUGGUUUCACCCAAAUAUCACUGGCGUGGAGGCAGAAAACCUACUGUUGACAAGAGGAGUUGAUGGCAGUUUCUUGGCAAGGCCCAGUAAAAGUAACCCUGGAGACUUCACGCUUUCUGUUAGAAGAAAUGGAGCUGUCACCCACAUCAAGAUACAGAACACUGGUGAUUAUUAUGACCUGUACGGAGGGGAGAAGUUUGCCACCUUGGCUGAGUUGGUCCAGUAUUACAUGGAACACCAUGGGCAAUUAAAAGAGAAGAAUGGAGAUGUUAUUGAGCUUAAAUAUCCUCUGAACUGUGCAGACCCUACCUCUGAAAGGUGGUUCCAUGGACACCUUUCUGGGAAAGAAGCGGAGAAAUUACUAACUGAAAAAGGAAAGCACGGUAGCUUUCUUGUCCGAGAGAGCCAGAGCCACCCUGGAGAUUUCGUUCUCUCUGUGCGCACCGGUGACGACAAAGGGGAGAGCAAUGACGGCAAGUCUAAAGUGACCCAUGUCAUGAUUCGCUGUCAGGAACUGAAAUAUGAUGUUGGUGGAGGAGAACGGUUUGAUUCUUUGACAGACCUCGUGGAACAUUACAAGAAGAACCCAAUGGUAGAAACGUUGGGCACAGUACUGCAACUCAAACAGCCCCUCAACACAACUCGUAUUAAUGCUGCUGAAAUAGAAAGCAGAGUUCGAGAACUAAGCAAAUUAGCUGAGACCACAGAUAAAGUCAAACAAGGCUUUUGGGAAGAAUUUGAGACACUACAACAACAGGAGUGUAAACUUCUCUACAGCCGAAAAGAAGGUCAAAGGCAAGAAAAUAAAAACAAAAAUAGAUAUAAAAACAUCCUGCCCUUUGAUCAUACCAGGGUUGUCCUCCAUGACGGUGAUCCCAACGAGCCUGUUUCGGAUUACAUCAACGCAAAUAUCAUCAUGCCCGAAUUUGAAACCAAGUGCAACAAUUCAAAGCCCAAAAAGAGCUAUAUUGCCACACAAGGCUGCCUGCAAAACACGGUGAAUGACUUUUGGCGGAUGGUCUUCCAAGAGAACUCCCGCGUGAUUGUCAUGACAACCAAAGAAGUGGAGAGAGGAAAGAGUAAAUGUGUCAAAUACUGGCCAGAUGAGUAUUCCCUGAAAGAAUACGGGGUCAUGCGCGUUAGGAACGUCAAAGAAAGUGCUGCCCAUGACUAUACGUUAAGAGAACUUAAACUUUCCAAGGUUGGACAAGCUCUACUCCAGGGGAAUACGGAGAGAACCGUCUGGCAGUACCACUUUCGGACCUGGCCGGACCACGGAGUGCCCAGUGACCCCGGGGGCGUGCUGGACUUCUUGGAGGAGGUCCACCACAAGCAGGAGGGCAUCAUGGAUGCGGGGCCAGUCGUAGUGCACUGCAGUGCUGGAAUUGGCCGGACAGGGACAUUCAUUGUGAUUGAUAUCCUUAUUGACAUCAUCAGAGAGAAAGGUGUUGACUGUGACAUCGACGUUCCCAAAACCAUCCAGAUGGUGCGGUCUCAGAGGUCAGGGAUGGUCCAGACAGAAGCACAGUACCGAUUCAUCUAUAUGGCCGUCCAGCAUUAUAUUGAAACACUACAGCGCAGGAUCGAAGAAGAGCAGAAAAGCAAGAGGAAAGGGCACGAGUAUACAAAUAUUAAGUAUUCUCUAGCGGACCAGACCAGUGGCGAUCAGAGUCCCCUCCCGCCUUGUACCCCAACGCCACCCUGUGCAGAAAUGAGAGAAGAUAAUGCUAGAGUCUAUGAAAACGUGGGCCUGAUGCAGCAGCAGAAAAGUUUCAGAUGAGAAGACCUGCCAAAACUUCAGCACAGAAAUAGAUGUGGACUUUCACCCUCUCCCUAAAAAGAUCAAGAAUGGAUGCAAGAUAAAGUUUAUGUGAAGAAUGAAUUUGGAUUUGGAAGGCUUGCAUUGUGUGUUAAUAAGCAAAUUUUGAAACCAUGUAAAGACCUGUAUUUUCACUCAACAGUACCUGAUUUCCAAUUACUCAUUUCCUCAGAUAAGAAAUCAUCUCUACAAUGUAGACAGUGUUAUAGAUUUUAUAGAAUUUUGUUUUAAAUUGAGGAAACAGUUAAAUUGUGCUCUAUGUUUUGCCAAUUAUGGAUUCAAAUUCUAGGUAUGGGCAGUUUUUCUUUUUAUAACCUUAACCCAUUUAAUUUGUUUUCUCUUUGUGGGGGAUGAUAGGACACUUGUAAGAAAAAAUGAUUUGGGAAAAUUAAGUAACAACAUCCCAGAGAAGUGAGAACAGUUUCAUUUAGUAUCACUUAUCCAGUAGUGGAUAAUCCAUUUUGACAGCUUCUUUUUUUGGCUAAAUGAUAAUUAAGCCAGGGCCUGAGACUGUCAGAUGCUGUCUACCUUUGCAUUACCAUUAAAGAAUCAUGGGGAAAAAAAAAAUCAUAAAAUUUUUAUGAAUUAGCAUAAAGAGGUGUGUUUUCUUCUUAGCAGUUGACCAAUUACCAUUCAGCUGUUGAGUGAGAAGGUUGUGGUGGGAAAAUGUUUGCCAUAUUUUCUUUGCAUUUGAGUAAUUGUCUUGUAUUUAGAAAAAAGGCAUCUGUGGAUGACUAGUGUUUUUGGUUGUCAAAUGUUGCUGACAAAUCACCCCCAAAUUUUUAAAUGACCCCUCCCCACACCCGUCUGUUCUUUCUGAGCUGGGCUCAGCUGAGCUGUUCUUCUGCUGACCUUGCCGGCGGUCACUCAUGUGGUCAGCAGGUUGGCAGAAACUCUGGGAUGGCUGGGCUUCUUUCUCCGUGUGCAGCCCUCAGGGUCUCUCCUCCUCUGUGUGGUCUCACUAGCAGGGUCCCUAGACCCCCUAUGUGCAGCUCAGAGCUGCCAAGAGCUUGAAAGCAGAAGCAGCCAGGCCUCCUUAAGACUUAAGUCCAGAACUGUCGCAGCAUCCCUUCUACUGCCCCCUAGUGAUGAAACGAGUCAGGAGCCCAGCCCAGAUUCAAGAAGAGGGCAUGCAGUAGAGGUGCAGUUCACUGGGGGGCCGCCAGUCUGACAGACUGUGACAGCCAGGGCUAUGGAAAACCAACUAUAUUAGCAAAAGUAGAAACUGCUAGUGACCUUGGGAAGCUGAAGCUGCUUACACUAGCUGGUAUAAGCUGAAAGUCAGACUGAGGAAUAAAGAGAGGGCCUUCUAGAAGCUUCAUGAACCAAUUCUGCCAGCUCUGAGCAUAUUUUCUGAACCAGCACUUGGGAAAACUGGUCUUGUAAGGAUAGACGUGUUUAGGGUUUUGAGAGCGGAACCACCCCAUCAUUGGGGCACCCCCAGACUGUGGGGAAUGUGACGCUUUCUUGAUGCUACUGGUUUCUAGUCAGACCACAGUGAGAAGGAGCAGUCGUGACUGGCUUCCAGCCAGAUUGAAUUAGCUCAUUUUUGUUUUAGCCAAGCAGUAAGAUUUGCUAAUGUUCUACCUUAAGUGCCUUCUCCAAAGACACCCCUCUUUGCCUCAUGUGUUGAAUCACCACUCAGUGAGUAUAUUUCAAUGAAAAUAUCCUGGGUUGACUUUUGUAAUGACGAUAAAGUGCUACAGCCACUUUGCCAUGACGUUGGGAUCUCCUCAGAUUCUUCUGGCUCCUCAAAAGAAGGCCUAGAUCCAGCCCUGGCAGUAAUUCCUUUCUGAGGUCUUUCAGUGUCUUGAAACCCUGAGGUCGUUUGGGAGCUCAGUGGCUGCCAUGCUCACAGAUAGAAUGUCCGCUGAUGCCUCCACGCCUGCCCCAAGACCCAUUGGACUUACAGUUGCUUCAGAACACAGGUGUGGCCCGGAGAGUACCUUCUUAGGGGAGUGCCAUGACUGCUGUUUUCCUGGCAGGGCUGUCAAGAAACAGAUUCCAGUUCAGUAUUUGCAAAAAGGAUCUUGAAUCCUGUUCUUUUUAUUGCAUUAUCACAUUGAACCGUUCUCCAUUUUGCUUCAAAUUUGUGAUAAUGUCUUGACUUCACUUUGGGGACAACGUCUUUCACCAGCAUACAAGGGGUUUGGUUGUACAGAUAUAUCCGCUGCAUUAACGUCUCUGCCUGUAGCUGAAAAUCAGUUGUUUUUGCACGUGGGAUGGAAGUACCUGAUCGUGGUCAGCUUUGUUCUAGGACAUUGAUUUCAUUUAGAUUUCCCUCCAUGAGGUCAGCAAGCUGUCAUGCUGUCAUAUAAACUUAAUGCCCAGGACAAGAUUCAUAUGACAGUCCCUUGGUUGCUAAGGUUUGUCGUGUGUUUGGUAAAAGGUGAUUGCAGGUUCUCAGAUGAGGUUACUUUACUUGGAAUGGAAUCAGGCAGAAGGGCUGGGAUGGUGUGGGGGGGAGCUUGAGGUUUAAAAAAAAUAGUGGAAAGGAAAGUUCCAAAGAGGUGGUGUCUGAGGAAGUCAAGGGGCCCAGGGCCGGAGCAGUCAGUACUGGGUGAAUCAGGUUACCUGGAAAAUAGGUGCGAAGGUACACAUAUGCAGUCUACUUUUAGGUUGCUGGUAGACAUUAAAUAUGCACAAUGUUCCAUAUAGCUGGCUGAGUAUUUUUAAAUUAUAAGCAUAGGGUUUUAUAUUUGGGGUGCAGGAAUUAUCUGGCAUGCAGUUAUUGGGGCUAAAAAAAAUAAAAGCCAAAUUUCAGAGUCUUAAUAGCUUUUUUUAAAAAAAUAAAUAAAUAAAAAGGCACCUCGUGUCCAGCGUGUGGCCCUUCUGACACUUACGGUCCUCUCUCCAUGGAAAUCAGUGACUUUUCAAAUGCGGCUAAGUGGGGAUGAGGAAACGUAGGUAGGACUUUCUUGGUGUCUGCGUUCUUUAUGGGGCCCAGUUGCUUUGGAACAGCCAAGAAAAUGGUCAAGAUUAUUUUUAGGGGAUUCUUUUACUGGGGGUUUUAAGAACUUAAUAUGACAUCUUGGGUUAUUUCUAGUUCAGGGGAAUGUGAAAAGGUAUGCAAUUGUGAAGUGUUUUGUUGUAGAUUAGUAUCUAUAAGGGAAACUUAGACUGUAGACAUAAAUAUAAGCCCAGUGCAGUUUUUAUUUUCUGUAUGUUGUUGGGAGAAUAAAGUUUUCUAUAUAGCAAGCACACGGCCUCCCCAAUUGCAAGACGCCUUCUUAGAGUCUGUAUUAGCCCUUAAUUUUGUUGAAAUCUCUUUCCUUCUUCCUCUUGAAGAAUAAGUUCCAAAAUAUAGUUUGUUGUAUCUUCCAUCACUAAAAAGUUUAUUCCUUUUUUCACUAUGGGCAGUUCACACAAGGCAAGCAUAUUAAAACAGUUGGUUUUAGUGUAUUGUAUAACUUUGCUGUAUCUCAAACUAAUUUUUACCAGUUUUUAUCCUAAACCUCCAAUCAUGUAAUUAAUAAUUUGCCUGUUUAUUUAUGACCUAAUUGUGAUUCUUUUAUUAAUAAAAGCUAAUGGAAAAGGAUUCUUUAUUAAGCAGAUGACUAGACCUACAAUUAAUUUUCCUGCAGUAUAUGAAGAAGUAUUGUACCAGAGUAUUAAAAGAUAUGUAAUAUUUUAUUGAUAAAUCUAUCCUUUAAAAGGAAUACGUUUUAGGAUGUCAUCAUUUUGAUGUGAAUCAUGUAAAUGUUGAUAAUAUGCUGUUUAUUAUACAUUUAGUGUUUCAAGAGAUUCACGUAAUUGCCUCUUUGCCCACAUAUAUUAUGUAGUCUCUUUGCAAUUGUUUUUUAAAAAAAAUGACAUUAAAAGAAUAGUUUAUGUAGAGAAACAUUAGUGGAUGUUAAUUGUCUCCCCACCUGUAUUUAUGGGUGUGUUAGUUCAACUGCUUUGCUAGUUGCAAAGCCAUAUUAUCAGAAGAAAAGUGUAUUUGUAAACUGUAUGGGAACUAAAAAUUAGGAAUAAAACCAUUUUCUUAUAUUA